AGGAGCGCCGUCUGCCAUUGGCUAGUUUUGUGAAUGGAAAGUGCGUGGUUGUGGGCGGAGCGGUGUCGGGAGCUGUGCUGGUGUGGGAGUUUCCUAUCGGUGUGUAAUAUUGAUCACAGUGAUGUCAGUGUGUGAUGACCUCUUGCUUUGCAACUUCCCUAAAUGCAGGGUAAAGUUAUCUGGUCGAGCUUGGGUCACAGCUUGUUCACAUAUAUUCUGUGACCAGCAUGGAAGUGGAGAAUUCAGCCGAUCUCCUGCAGUUUGUCCAGCAUGUAAUAGCACACUCUCCAGUAAGCUGGAUAUUGUUCGUACUGAGCUGAGCCCUUCUGAGGAACACAAGGCCAUGAUGCUGUCGGGCUUACGUCCUGAGAUUGUCCUAGAUAUUUGUUCUCGUGCUUUAGCUUUCUGGACCUACCAGAUAUACCAGGAGCGGUUAUACCAGGAAUAUAGUUACAGCAAAGCAGAAGGACAUCUGAAGCAGGUGGAAAAACUGUAUACUCAUCAAAUACAAAGCAAGGAUGCAGAGAUGUCUGCCAUGAAAGGUGAAGUAAACUCUUUAAAGAAAAUCUUGGAAGAAUAUAAAAGAAAAUACAGCGAACUCUCAGAAAAGCUGAUGGAGCGCAAUAGGCAGUAUAAUAAGCUCCAGGGAAUGUACGAUGGACUGAGACUCCGCAAUAUGGCAGUAGCUAACAGAGAGGCAUCUUCAAAUGGAGAACGAGCCCAACCGGACCUGUUUAUGGGAAACAAGUUCCCAGGUGCUAGAACACCUCCGUUAAGAUCAUGUGAUGCUGAUUUUCGGACUCAAACCUUCUUCUGUACUUCCCCUUUUGAUGAUUCUGGAAACACUGCCUUUGGCUCUCCUGGAAAUAGAGCAGACCCACAAAACAUGGCUUCGUCCAGGGCUUUCAAAGUUAUAAGGAUGUAGGAUACUAGAACAGAACAAUACUCUAUAUUACAAAUGAGUUUAGUGUUUUUUUUUUUCAUUCAGAGAGGUUUGGAUGUUUCAAUUGAGUUCAAUUAAAUAAAGUACUAAUAAUAAAGUAA